AUGGAGGCCAUCAAGAAGAAGAUGCAGAUGCUGAAGCUGGACAAGGAGAACGCCCUGGACCGGGCAGAGCAGGCAGAGGCUGAGCAGAAGCAGGCGGAGGAGCGGAGCAAGCAGCUGGAGGAUGAGCUAGCUGCCAUGCAGAAGAAGCUAAAGGGGACAGAGGAUGAACUGGACAAAUACUCUGAGGCCCUGAAGGACGCCCAGGAGAAGCUGGAGCUGGCAGAGAAGAAGGCGGCGGACGCUGAGGCUGAGGUGGCAUCUUUGAAUCGCCGGAUCCAGCUGGUGGAGGAGGAGUUGGACCGAGCUCAGGAGCGCCUUGCCACAGCUCUGCAGAAGCUGGAAGAGGCAGAGAAGGCAGCAGAUGAGAGUGAAAGAGGCAUGAAAGUCAUUGAAAACAGAGCUCUGAAGGAUGAGGAGAAGAUGGAACUGCAGGAGAUCCAGCUCAAGGAAGCCAAGCACAUUGCAGAGGAGGCAGACAGGAAGUAUGAGGAGGUUGCUCGGAAGCUGGUGAUCAUUGAGGGCGAUCUGGAGCGCACUGAGGAGAGAGCUGAGCUCGCAGAGUCUAAAUGUUCCGAGCUGGAGGAGGAGCUGAAGAAUGUCACCAACAAUCUCAAGUCUCUUGAGGCUCAGGCUGAGAAGUACUCUCAAAAAGAGGAUAAAUAUGAAGAAGAGAUCAAGAUUCUGACUGAUAAACUCAAAGAGGCAGAGACCCGUGCUGAGUUUGCUGAACGCUCUGUAGCCAAGCUGGAGAAGACCAUUGAUGAUCUGGAAGAUAAACUGAAAUCCACCAAAGAGGAGCAUCUCUGCACGCAAAGAAUGCUGGACCAGACCCUGCUAGACCUGAAUGAGAUGUAAAGGAUCCCUGCCACUGCCUGUGCCAUGCGGUGCCAGCCCAGCUGCUGCUGCCCUCUAACCCUGGCACCAGAGUUUACUUUCUGUUGCCAACCUGACCAAACACAAAUCUCCUUAGUUCCAGGGUUAAAGGCCACCAGGUUGGGCAGAGCUUCAAACAGCAUCAUUAAGGGAAGUAAACAAUGCAAUAAUGUUUGGAGAGCAUGUUUGAGAUGUACACAUUUUGUAACUACCUUUUUUUGUAGCGACCAUUACAAACAUUCCAAAUAACGUGUGAGGCUGGUGAGCUACCCUUCAGAGCUCUUGGCUUUAGAAUUUGGUAUUAAUCUUCUGUGAAUUGGCUCUGGGCCACCCUGCUUUGGCAGGGCAGGAAACAGAUAUGAUGGUUCUGGCUGUGAGUCAGAGUAGCCAGGCUAGGGUGACAGCCUGUUGAGAGAACUUCCUUUUCCAGGAGCUGUUUGCCAAAAGCACAGUUCAGUUUUCAGCUUUAAGGUAGCUCUCUGUUGGGAAGGAACAACUUGGGUGAAAGGUGUCCUUUUUUGGGGGUGGUUUUUUUUUUUUUUUCUUAAGCCAAGCCAGUCAUCUGAACAAUUGAACCAGUUGAAACUUCACAGGGAUUGUGUCCCUUCCCCUCCACACAUGAAGGGCUUAGAGAAGCCACUGUCCCUGUAACCCAUUGCUACCCUGGAGCUGACUUUGCCUUCACUAAGUGCUGAUGCACCAAGCUUCACUGCUCAUCACUGGGUUACACUUAACAACCUAAGUACAACAGCCUUGUGUCCUUGGAGAAGUGUUUUUGCCUACCUGGAGGGAGGGAGCCAAGCCUUCCCUCCUGCCCAGGACUGCUCUUAAUUGUCUUAAUUGAUUCCAAGCCAUCUCUGUGUGCAUUGCUGAUGUGUUGUGUUGUGAGGUGUGAGUGUGGCACCGCCAUGCUCGCAGUAACUUGUGGUUGGAGCAUGCUGCCUGGUUGUAGCAGUUUUUGGGGCCAAUCUGGAGACAAAAAAAACAUAUCCAGUGUUUUGAUACUAAAUUGAAGAAUUGUGUUACUGUCUUUUGAAAUAAAAACUGAUCCCUCCACA